UAUUUUUAAGAAGAAAAACAAAAAACAGUUUUUGAGCAGUUUUCAAACAAACCCAAUUUUCAUUUUUCCAAGACCUUGCUCGUAGAUGUAUUUUCUGAAAACAUGCCUUCGGUUUUUGAAACAAAUCAAUUUCGUUCCCGCGGAAAGAAACAAGAGGGGGAGAGGGGGUUUCACCGUAAGGUGCUAGAAUUCUUUCUUUAGUAACUCGAACUUUCAGUUUGGGUUCGCCACACAACCCUAACAAUCCGAUUGCAAGGCAUAAUCAGUUUAUGCCAUUUUCCUUUCUCUGAUAGAUGAAUAAAUGUGGUUAGCUUUCCAAAAACAUCAAGAUGUCGAUGCUAUAUUGUGCUCAAGGAUCACAACUUUUUGCAAGGCCUGGUUCUGCAUCGGCUUUGUCACGAUUGUUUACAGUUCUCAAUGUGAUUGCUAAGCGCAGGGUGCAAACAAGCUAUUCAGUUUUGUCUGGUGACUCUGCCAUGAGCUAUCCUAACGGUGAUGCAAGAGUGCAUCCUGUUCCCCAAAGGACUUACCAAGUUGUGGUGGCUGCAACACAUAAGAUGGGCAUUGGGAAGGAUGGGAAAUUACCAUGGAAUUUGCCCUCUGACCUCAAAUUUUUCAAGGAGCUUACAAUGACUACAUCAGAUCCUGGGAAAAAGAAUGCAGUAGUAAUGGGCAGGAAAACAUGGGAAAGUAUCCCCCUCAACUAUCGACCUUUACCUGGUCGCCUUAAUGUGGUGCUCACUCGGUCUGGGAGUUUUGAUAAUGCAACUGUAGAGAAUGUUGUCAUAUGUGGAAGCAUGCCGUCAGCUUUGAAAUUACUGGCAGAAUCUCCUUAUUGUUUGUCAAUAGACAAGGUGUUUGUUAUAGGGGGUGGUCAGAUAUUAAGGGAAGCACUGAAUGCUCCUGGUUGUGAUGCCAUCCACAUCACUAAAAUUGAGACAAGCAUUGAAUGUGACACUUUCAUUCCCACUAUUGACACUUCUGUUUUUCAUCCAUGGUAUUCAUCAGUACCAUUGUUGGAAAACAACAUUCUAUAUUCUUUUGUGACUUAUGUUCGUGUGAGGAGUUCUGCCUUGGAAUCUUUUGCUUUGAGCAGUGGGGUGAAUUUUAAUGGUGGUUCUGUUCCAAAUAAGCUCAAGAUACAGGGUUUUACCUUCUUGCCGAAGAUGAUUUUUGAGAGACAUGAUGAGUUUAUGUAUCUAAGACAACUAAAAGAAAUUAUCUCAAGUGGCGCUCAUAAAGCUGACAAGACAGGGACUGGCACUGUAUCAAAAUUUGGUUGUCAGAUGCGUUUCAAUCUGCGUUUGUCUUUUCCGCUUCUUACCACCAAGAGAGUAUUUUGGAGAGGUGUUGUUGAAGAGCUUUUGUGGUUUAUUAGUGGUUCAACAAAUGCAAAGGUGCUGCAGAAGAAAGACAUUCAUAUAUGGGAUGGCAAUGCAUCCAGAGAGUACCUUGACAGUAUUGGUUUGACAGAUAGGGAAGAGGGGGACUUGGGACCCAUAUAUGGGUUCCAGUGGAGACACUUUGGUGCCAGGUAUACCAACAUGCAUGCUGACUACAUGGGUAAAGGAUUUGAUCAGUUGCUUGAUGUUAUUGAUAAGAUCAAGAAUAAACCUGAUGACAGGCGUAUUAUACUCUCUUCUUGGAAUCCAUCUGAUCUUAAAUUGAUGGCACUUCCGCCUUGCCACAUGUUUGCACAAUUUUAUGUAGCCAAUGGGGAGCUAUCCUGUCAAAUGUAUCAGCGCUCUGCUGAUAUGGGUCUUGGUGUGCCAUUUAACAUUGCUUCUUAUGCUUUAUUGACAUGCAUGAUUGCUCAUGUUUGUGGUAUUCUCCCUGGUGAUUUCAUCCUCAUAAUUGGUGAUGCUCAUAUUUAUAAAACUCAUAUUAGGCCUCUGGAGGAGCAGCUUCAGAAACUUCCUAAACCUUUCCCUAUUUUGAAGAUCAAUCCACAGAAGAAGGAUAUUGAAUCAUUUGUGGCAGCUGAUUUUGAGCUUAUAGGUUAUAAUCCUCACCAGAAGAUUGAAAUGAAAAUGUCAGUGUAGGAGCGAGCUUUUAAAUGGUAGCGAAAAGAAUUCAAAGUUUCUUCCCUCCCCUUAAGUAUGGCUACUGUCAGCUUUUCAGGGUGUGACAUUGGAGAAUUGUCACCGUCAUUAUUAUUAUGUUAUCAGAAGUUGUAUCUCUUUUUGGAAAUACUGAGUUGUGAAGCCCAUUGAAUGUGGAUGACAAGCAUCUCUCCUAUGUUGCAUGCUUCUUGAUAGGGAAAUGUUCAUUGAGGUUCUCUUCUUCUUUUACCUCUCUCUCUCUCUCUCUCUCACACACACACACACACACACACGCACACACACACACACACACACGUAUUUAUUGAGGUUCUCUGCUUUCUUUAUUUUUCAUUUUUGGCAGAUAGGCACACUUAAUUGUGCAGUGACAUUCCCUCUAUGAACUGCACACCUGCAUGCACAUAGUGGUACAAAAUACUGUUUGUCUAGGAUUGCAUGAUAAAAUAAGUGUGCAUUGGAAACUCGAAACUAUAUUUUCAAAGUGCAUGCUGACCUGAUUCAUGUUGGAUGCAAGUGAUAAGGGAUUUGGGAGUGGUUGAGGAGGUUUUCAGAAUUUUCUUUUUUCUUUUUUGAUGGACAAACAAGGAGAAUAAUGCAUUGACAAUGCCUAGCAAAGGUGGUGGAAUCCAAUUACUCAAGGAGUAUACAAGGCAAGCAAAGGCCAAAAAACACAAAACUGAACACAUUAAGCUAUCCUACCCCAUACUAUUAGCAAAUUCAAGAAUAUCAAGGUGCUGGUGGCAUGAGGAUUUUGGUUGGUAUGCUGUUUCUUUUUUUUUUUAUGAUGAGAACUGUAGCUUCUGUACGUGAGCGUCAUUUCUAUGAUGCAGUAAAUGGUUAUAAGAUGCUUUAGGAUCUCCUUGUGUGUAGGUUGUAUGGUACUCUUGGACCUAUUCAGAUGGUGGUUAUUAGAUUAUAAAUCAUGCAAGUUUUGAAGGAUGCUCCAA